CGCAAGCCCUCCGCUCUGACCCUGGCGAACAGCCCUGAAUUCCCCAAGGUAGUUACGCCCAUUGUUUGAACGGCUGCAUUCAUUAUUCAUGCUCAGUAUUUAUGCUUUAUAAGCAAGCGUUAGGGGGCCAUCGAGCCCUGCGUGGCGCCAGAAGCUUGGGCCCACCCUUACUCGGCACGCGAUUCACGUCUAGUAGUAAUUUAUGGAAAGAAUACUUGACAAGAACUCAGCGAGCAACGAGUGCCAGCGGCCGUGUGAACGGCCAGGCCAUGUCCGGCUCGUCGCGGUUGCUGGUUUACGAGGACGAGCUUGAUGAUGAAUUCACGGGUUUGGCGGACUCCGCCGGCCUCAUGACCGUUGCCGGCUUCGGCAGCCUGCUGUCAGAACGGAGCGCGCGCUUCACCUUCCCCAACCUGGUGAACUUCCGAGCGGGCCAGAUCCACGGCUGGCGGCGUGUGUUCGCGCACACCGCGGAUGUCUUCUUCGUCCGCGGCAUCGCCCGGCCCGACACGGGCGAGGUGGCGUCCCUCAGCGUGGAGCGCAUCACGCCAGCACCCCCCUCCACCUCCUCCCCAGCCUCCUCCUCCUCCUCCUCCUCCUCCUCCUCCUCCUCCUCCUCCUCCUCCUCCUCCUCCUCCUCCUCCUCCUCCUCCUCCUCCUCCUCCUCCUCCUCCUCCUCCUCCUGUGCCGACGCGGCUCCCUCGGCUCCCCUGGUGGUGUCCCUGUUCGAGGUGCCGGCCACGCGGGACUCGGUGGCCGCCUUCAUCGGCCGCGAACACGAGUUCCGCUUCGUGGCGGUGCAGCCAGCCGACCUGGAGGGCCGCGCGCUGGGGCGCAAGGCGGUGGUGUGUGCGGCCAACACGGACGCCGACUACAAGGCCAUGCGGUGCCCGCCUCAGGAGUGGGAGCGGCGCUGGGGCGUGCACGGCAUUCAGGCCGUGUGGGGCCGCGGCGACGUGCUGCCCUGCCGCGCCUACCUGCGCCACUGCGUGCUGGCGGCGGCCUCGCUGGGGCCAGAGGCGGAGCACUCCUUCCUGCACGCCACCUACCUGGCUGACAGGCGCACCACCAUCGCGCAGCACCUGGCUCGUGACCCGACCAUAAUGGAGGAGCAGCCGCCGCCGGCGCUGGCGGAGAGGUACAAUGGCUGAUGCCCGCGAGGCGCGUGCGGCGGGGCGGGGGACGAGGCGUGGAGGGGCCGGGGCGUGUGGUGGUGGCGGUGAGGCGAGGCGCGCGCGGCGGGGCGGGGUGGGGGCGGCGGAGGGGGCGGGGCGCUGUUGUGGUGGCGGCGGUGGGGCCGGCGCCGACCUGUGUGGGCCGCCUGUGCAGCUGCGCAUCACAGCGCUGAGCUAUCAGUGGAGGGGGGGCAGUGGAGGCCGUGUCGCGUUCCACCGCUUACGGACAUGGCACAGACAAGACCAAUGCGUGAUCAGGGCGGUUAGGCAACACGGUGACCAGCACAUUGACCUGUGGCGCACACACACACACACACACACACCCUUUAUGCGCACACCCGUGGACCUUUCGUUGUUAUGCGGCUUUUUCAUUACGUGGUAGGGCCGCCGACCCGAGUGAAGUGGUGGAAGUGCUGGCGCCUGUGCUGGCGCCACUUGCUGCUGGUGCGGUGCGGUGCGGUGCUGUACGAAAGGAUGUUGCAUUUGGCAGAGAACGAGGGGAACGUAGACAGCGGAGAGCAGACUCGCGACACUGAUUCCUGCAUUUUCUGGUAUUGGUCGAUGACUUUCUCGCUGUAAGCGGCUCCACGUAGUCCAGGAGCUGCAGCCCUCGGGCGGAGACGCGCGUGGCGCUCUUUCCGGCCUCGCAGACUCGCACUCCUGCACGUCCGCGUCUAUCUGCGCCUGAGCACUUCUCGGAGAUUUCAUCUGUGGAGGCUUUCACCUCACAUACGGCCGCACCGUGUGCCUUUUGUGUGUCUGCUGUGGUUGCCUUCGCACGUCGUUCCACUCUACCUAGCCUGCCACACAGUCAGACUACACCUGUAUUACACAGAGAGCCGGACGCGAAGUUGGUGCGGGCGCUUUGGGCGGGCGGGGCCUUAGUAGUGUGCUAUCCUGGUUUGGUGGCGUGUUCGUGCGUGUGCGCCUGCGUUUGUUCGUGCGCCGGCGGUUGUUGCUGUGCAGUAGCUGGUCUGCUUUGUUGUGGAGGUCGGUUGGCUGCUGCCUGUGUGCCCCGAAUUACGUGGGGCCCAUGCCCGGUUUGCUGCGGGUUGGUGCGUGUGUGACUGCGCGUGGUCGUGCGCCUGCAGUGAUUCCGGUGUAGUCGCUUUGGACUGCUUUGUUGCUGGGUCAGUUCGCGCGGCCGCUUGGUUCUGUUCCUGGCCUGCUUGGGACCCGGGGCCCGGCUUGCAGUGUUUUGGUGCGGGGGAAACGGCGCACUGAUGUGCGUGUGUGCCUGUGGAGGUUUCCCGUUCUCGAGGUGGUUUGGGCUCGCGUGCGGGUUUCCGCUCUGUCCCCUGCGUCUGUUUCUUGCCGUGUUAUGUGAGUUUGGUUGCUUCAUUCGCCUUUUUUUGGGGCCCUGGUCUGCCCUUGCUUUGCCCCGGAGGGAUGCCCUUGGGUUUCGGUGGCUUGUGCGGUUGUCCCUGGUGUUUUGCUUGCUCGCUUUGCAGGUUGUGUCGGUGUGGUGCUGCGCCUUCCCUCCCUUCUCCUUUGUAACUACUCUCUUAGAAACAAAUACAGGGCUACUGUUGGCUUGGCUGAUGUGCCCAGCUGUGGAGCCAAGUAAGUGGAUGUUUCCACCCCUGAGUUUCGAGUCAAUUCUGUAAGCGUCCCUUGGC